UGUUACUGUUGUUAUUGUUGUUGUUAUUAAACAUCUGAAGAAGAUGUGGGUGGAGACGCGACAACCUGUUUGGAUUCGUCUUUUCAUUGGUCACUAGUUUCUCUAUUUGGGGGAUGUUCUCUAUGGUAACGGCGAGCGAUGGAAUGUGGAAUGUCGCGGGUUCGCGCACCGCCCUCUACGUUCCUUCCUCUUCCUUCUGCAUCCCCAAUCCGCCGCCGGGGGUGGUGGAGGUUUCUGCUUCUACCGUUACCCAACAACCGAGACCAGAACGCUCCAUCAGAUCGCCCAAGACCUUCUUCAGGUGUGCAUCUCAAUCACCAACAACAACACAACAACAAGAACAGCCCUCUUCCACCGUUGAAACCCACCACCGUAUGCGUCGACCGCCGGCGAAGAAAGCCGAGGAGAUGUCCGACAGAAGCAGCGCGAGGAGGCCGCCUCCGUACAGGCCGAAAUCGAGAACAGAUUCGAGCAGCGGCAUCGGCGGAAGCGCUGGGGGUCGACUGCGCGGUGAUGGGGGCGGCGGAAGCAGCGACGAAGACCUGGCCCGUCAGAACACCGAUCUGCGACAGAGGCUGCAGGACGAGGCCUCUCUCUACAGGAAGAGAUUGGACACCUACAGACAGGCCCAGCAGAAUCAGGCCACGCUAGUCAGCAGGCUGCAGGCGAAGGUUUUACAGUACAAGCAAAGAUGCGCGGACCUCGAGGCCCAGAUGACCGAUACCAGUGUUCCAUAUGUAGAUACGUCUACAACAUUAGCAACGCCGAGAAGGCCGAAUCUCUCUCUUUCGGCUGCACCUAGUUCUGCCUUGGAACAGGCCCAGCAGCAUCUCAAAGAGAUACACGAAGAGCGCAUCACCGAUCUGGACGUGGCGCUCAGGAAGCUCGACGAGGAGCGCACUAGAUGCGAAAAGCUGAUCCAGCAGAACCGCACGCUGCGAGAUCAGCUGGAGGAAUCGCAUCAAACGAACGAGGAAUUAACCGGAGACCUGCAGAAAUUGACGAACCAAUUCGAGGAACUACGCGAAGAGAUGCUGAUCAAGGAGGACGAGUGGAAGGACGAGGAGCAGGCCUUCAACGAUUACUACAGCACCGAACACAGCAGACUGCUCAACCUGUGGCGCGACGUCGUUUCCGUGAAGCGACUCUUCAUGGAUGUUCAGAGCUCCACCGAGAGGGACCUCACCAAACUGAAGACGGAGAUCGGCGGCUUCGGACGAGACAUGACGUACGCCUGCGGCAGGAUGGACAAGAACUUUGCAGAAUCUCUAAACAGCAUGAUCGAACGGCCCAACUUCAAUUUGGAAAACGUCGAGCUGAAGGCGCGCAUGGAUUCGCUGGGCAACCAGAUUGGGACGCAACAGCAGGAGCUGAAAGGCAAAGAGGAGAAGAUCCAGCAGCUGCUGAGGGAGGUCCACAAUCUCGAGGAGAGAUGCUCGGACGCGGAGCACAACGUUGGACAAGUGAUGAGGCUGCAGGAUGAGGUGGAAUUGUUGCAGAACGCUUUGCGCGACAUCGCGCACGCUCUCAUCCAAGACGCCGAGACGAAAGACGUCGUCGAUCUGAGCCAACCGACGCACAUCCAUCUCAGCGCCUCGACGCCGAUCCCUCAAAAGAGCCCGAAACGCGGUCGCAGCCUUCCACACUCCAGCGCCGCUUUCGCCGAGAGCACGAUAUCCGCAGUGCAAGCCGCCCUGCACAAGUACCAAUCAUUCAUACACGAGCUGCAGGUGAAGCUGCAAUCGAAUCGGGAACAAUUCCUGCUCGUGAGGAAGCAAUGCGAGCAUUCCGAAGAAACAGCGUCCACUUUAGAGCAUCGCGUGAAAGAACUCGUCUCGCAGUUGGACAGCAGCAAAGCUCAAUGCAGCCAAUUGUUGCAAGAGCGUGAAAGUCUGCAGAAGAACCUUGAAGCGGUGAAGGCCGAAAAGCUUGCACUGGACCGGCACAGGAUCGAAAUAAACGGUAUGGUCGAUUCGCUCAACGGAGACUACGACAAUCUGCAGAAGAACUACUGCAAGUUGCAGAAGGAGGUGGACGUGCUCAGUGACGAGAAGAUCUUCCUGCAAUCGGAGAUCGAUCGACUAAACCAAGAGGCGAAUCUGCGCGAGAUGAAUCUGAGGUCGGAGGAGGAUCGCUGCAGUCGCAUCCGCGAGGAACUGCUGACGACUAGGGAAGAGCUGAAUAAACUAUAUCUGGCGCACGAUAUGCUGGAGCAGCAAAAGUUCGAGGCGGACAACGUGAUCAGUUCAAUGGAGAAGAGUAAAGCCGGCGACGAGAUGGAAUUGCGGCGGAUGUUGGAAGAGAAUUCCGGUGGACGCGAUUCUCUUGCAAAGUGCGAGGCGCAGGUAAUCAACCUGGAGCGAGAUAAGAGCAAGCUGCAGGAGUUGGUGAAGAAAAUGGAAGAGGAAAAGGCAGCUCUGCAGGCUCAAUGCAGCGAUCAUCAAGGCGACAUACAAAUGUUACGAAAGGAAUUGCUGCAAGCCGAACAAAUCAAAUUAGAUAUCGAAUCAGAUAAAGUAAGUUUAGGGGAGAAAGCCAAGUUCCUGGAGAUCGAAAAAGAUAAGAUCGAGAUGGAAUUGGGGCAAGUGGUGCGUGAAAGGGGUGAUCUGAGCAACCAGCUGACGGUGCUCGGCCGGAAAAGAGAUGCUCUUAACGAAGAGCUGGUGAGGACGAAGCAAAAGCUCGAACAAGCGACGGAAACCAAUCAGAGGAUCAAUAGGAAUUUGGAGGAACUGGUGAACGAGUGCGAGGAGAAGCAGGCCAACAUCGAGAGCUUGGAUAAAGAAGUUCAAAGAGUGCAAGAACUGUUAGCCGGAGUUCGCUCGGAGAAGGAAUCCCUGGAGGCGAUAUUAUUCGAAAGCCAAACGAAUCUAGAAGCAUCGGAUGAUAAACGGCAGCAGCUGGAACAGGAACAGCAAGAGUUGCUGGUGCAGCAGGAGGCGCUGAAGGGGCAAGUCUCCAGGUUGAAUAAAGACCUGGAGCGAUCGGAGAAACGAUGCGUGGAGAUCAAAAACUCUUUAUCUCAGCAAGCCGGCAAUCAGGAGGCAGAAUUCCAGCACAUCGUCACGAAUCUGAAGAAGCAGAGCGAAGAAACGAUUGCGAAAUUGAGCGAGGAACGGGACAGGAUCCGCACGUCUCUGGAGCAAAGAUCGCAGCAAGCUUUGCAUCAGCUGACGAAGGAAAAGGACGAGGAAAUACAGCAACUGUUGGACCGAAUCGACAGUCUGCAAAGCCACAUCGAGAACGUUUGCCAGCAGCACGAAGAGUUGAUGCUGCGUGCGGAAAACGAUAAGCAGCAGGCACUGCUGAUUGCCCACCACGAUCAGCAAGCGCUGCACGACAGAUUGGAGGCUGCUAGGAAGGAGCUGGAGGCGGAGAGGAGCAGUUUGGAGAGGAUGAGGAGAGAAUCGAACAGCAGAUUCGAUCAGGACAGGAACAGCAUCAAUCAGUUGAAGGAGGAGUUGACCAAGCAGAAGGCGAAAUUGGAGGAGACGCGCGGCAAAUUCGAGGAAGAGAGAUCACGUUUGGAGCAGAAGGUCGUGGAGAUAUUGGGUGAGAGGGAGUCCGCGCAAGGCGAAGUCGAGAAUCUCAAGGUGCAGCUGCAUCUGUGCGAGGACAAGAUCGACGCGUUGAAUUCGCAACUGCACGAAACGGUGAGGAAGCUGCGCGAAUGCGAAAACAAUUCAGAGGGUCUGCGGAAGGAUCUGACGGACGUCAGGAGACAGCUGACCGACAGCAACUUCGAGAAGGAAAAGUAUCACGGGUCCAAUAAGGAGAUGCGCGAGGUCAUCAAGAAGGUGGAGAGCGAAAAACGGGAUAUGGGAAGGCAACUCGAGGAGUCUUUCCAGAAGAUUACAGCUUUGGAAGAUCUCAAACAAUCUCUGGAAAGUGAGCGAACCAGACUUCAAAACGUUGUUAAAGAAGUGGAGAAGGAGCAACUGCAGACCGAGCACAAGCUACAAUCGUUGCAGGAUGAGCUGCAGAGGACGCAGAGCUCCAACGCGCAGCAGCAGAACGAAGAGAAGGAACUGCAGACGCGAUUGCUGAACGAAGUCGAGGAACGGGAAAGGGCUCACCAGGAGGUGCACACGCUUAAAAAACAGAUUUCGGAACUCGAUCGAAAUCUGGAUCAAACUAGACAAGAGCUGGGAAGAACUCGUUCGCAUAGCGCGCAUCUGGAAGAGCAGUGGCACGCGAGAGAGCAAGACCUUCUGGUACACUUGGAGGAUUGUCGCGGUCGGGAAAAGCGUUUGGAGGAUCAAAAGCAUAACUUGGAGGUGUGCCUCGUGGACGCCACUCAGCAGAUUCAAGAGUUGAAAGCGAAAUUGGGUGGAGCGGAGAGCAGAGUUCGCUCGUUGGACAAUCAACUUACCCAGACGGAAACGGCGAAACGCGACGUCGAGCAGAAGCUGGCCAGCGUCGUGUCCACUCUACGAAGAAUAGCUGGAAUCCAGAUCGACGGCACCGUGAACCACAGCAGUCGUCUUCUGAGUCCGUCGCGCAGAUGGAGUCCUGCAAGAACAGCUUCGCACGAGGUCGACAACGUGACCGACAUCGAUCCGGAAAUUGUGAGGAAAGGAGUGAGGAAUCUGAUGCAGCAGGUGGCCCAAAUAGAGCGGGAACGGGACGACUUCAAGACGCAGGUUGGAACCGUCAAGAAGCAGCUGAAGGAGAGCAACGACAAUCAGAACAAGGGAGACAGCAAACUGACCAAAGUUCUGCAGAAUUUGAGGAGCCUUCAGGACGAGAAAGGCACGCUCGAGACGAAGCUCGGGCAGAAGACGAUAGCUCUCAACUCGCAAACGGACGCGCUGCACAAGAAAUCCGAAGAGGUGCAGCAGCUCAGGGAUAAAAUCACCAAUCUGGAGUUGAGCGUGAGCAGCUGCAAAGAGGAGAAAAUGCAAUUCGAGGAUAAGGUGGAGAAGUACAAGAACGCUCUGGGUAAACUGGAUGCGGAGAAGAGGGCUUUGCAGGAGGAGCUCGGACGCACCGAAAACAGAUCUUCCAAGCUGGAGCUGCAGCGUAUGUCCGCUGAAGGAGAUCUUCAGAGAUUGCAGAUGAUGCUCCAAGAAAAGGAUGCUCAAAUACAGAAAUUACAGGAGAAGUGCGAGACGCAAUCAAGAAAUUUGGUCAGUUUGGAGGAACGCUGCAUCUCGUUGAAGACGACCAUCGAUCAGCUGAAUUCGUCGCUGGAGAGGGCCGCAGGCACUGAAUCCGAGAUGAAAGUGGAGAUUCAGAGUUUGCAGAGAUCGUUGCUCGAGACUACGACUGCUACACACACCGGCGCCGAGAAGCUGAAACAUUUGCACAAGUCGUUGGCAAGCAGCGAGAACGAGCGAAAGAUUUUGUCGGAGAGGUUCGAGGCGAGCCAGCAGAAUUUGAACGAGUUCAGGAGGAACAACCAGAUCCUGCAGGAUCAGGUUUCGCGGCUUAACAACGAGCUGGCGAACAACGAGGUGGUCAAGUCCGGAUUGGAGUCGCAGCUGAGGUUGGCGCAGUGGCCGGAGACGAGCACGCCGAGCACCCACCAUCACGAGGACGAGCUCAUCAGACAGCUGCAGAGGGAUCGCAGCGAGCUUAGGAGCAAGGUGGAAACGUUGACGGUGAAAGUGCGUCAGGUGGAGAGCGAGAACAGGGAUCUGGAGAGGACGGUGACGAAGUGCAGGAGCAAAUCGUACGAGAGGCCGGAGAAGUACGAGAUCGAUGCUCGCGUCUCGGACAGGGACAGCGUGAAGUACGAGCAGGAGAACGCGGAGCUUCGCAUGAAGAUCUCCAAGCUGGAAAUGGAGGUCGGAGAUAAGGAGGCCGAGUUGGCCAGGUUGAGGAAUCUGCACGCGAAGCCCGGAGGCUACGAAUCGACGUUCGAGAGGUCCGAGGUGGAGCGAUACAGGGCGGCGCAGCUGCAGGCGGAGAGGCUGCUCGAGGCGAGGGAGCAAAGCCAUCGUCAGCAGGUCGCCCGUUUGGAGAACCAAGUGACGAUGCUGAGGGAGCAGUUGAACCAGGAGAUCAAACGCAGGCAGCAGUACAUCCUGAGGAGCUCGAGGGCCGGUCGCGAGAUGCAGCAUCUUCGGCAGGCGCUCGGCGAUAGCCUGAGGACCGUCUCGCAGGAUCCCUCCUUGGAUGCGCUGCUGCUCGAACAGGAAGCCAGGAAGCUGGACAAUACCGCCACAAACACUGCCAGUCUGCCUCCUGCGCUGAACCUGAGUUACGACCGGAAAUCGGUCGGAACGCCACAGCCACCUAAUUACUAAACAAAUUUUAUACAAGAUUAAUUUCAUUUUCGUUCUAUCUAUCUCUCACUCACUGUGUCUUAAAUACUUCAUUUGUAGUUAGCAAAUCUUGCGGGGACGAUCCAUCGAAGGCCCAACUUUGUUGCGCGCAAAGUUCGGAAAGCCGGACGUCCCUCGAUUCAUCCGUCCAGAAGACAUUAUUACGGCACUCAAGUAGACGUUCUUUUAGUAGUAGUAGCUUCAU